CAUCCGAAUGUACUUCGUAAACACUUGAUUGUUGAGGACUCGUUCCCCGUUUAAUUCGAAUCCUUCGACUCGGUUGCAGAUCCUUAAACGUCGAAAAUGAGCGUGAUAAUUAGACUACAGAACUUGGCAUGGUCCGCCAACGCUUUGGACAUUCGCCAAUUUUUCAGAGGCUUGAGCAUACCGGAAGGAGGGGUGCAUAUCGUCGGUGGUGAGCUGGGAGAUGCGUUCAUAGCUUUCAGCACCGACGAGGACGCCCGUCAGGCGAUGAUGCACGACGGCGGCAAGAUCAAGGAGAUGAAGAUCAAGCUGCUGCUGAGUUCCCGGACGGAGAUGCAGAAGGUGAUAGAGGCUGCGAGACAGCAGACACUGAGUCUGCAGUCGUUCAUGCAAUCCACCCCAGUAGCGGUAGCGGCGGUGGUGCAGAAACCGGGAUCUCCCAGCGACAGAAGGGACAAGGAGAAGGACAACGAUAGCGAGUCGAGCAAGGAUCGCAAGGACAGGAGGGACAGGUCGCGCUCCAGGGACAGGUCCCGGUCCCGGGACCGCGACAGGGACCGAGACAGAGACAGGCGAGACAGGGACAGAGGUCGGGAUCGUAGACGUCGAGACAGAAGCAGAUCUCGAGACAGAGAGCGAGACAGGAGAGACAGACGUCGUCGUCGCGAUCGGUCCAGGUCCCGAGACCGCACCCGGUCCAGGGACAGGGAUACCAAGCGUAGUUCCACGGGGGAACGUCGGAAGGAUGCGAACGACGACGACGCGAACGACGUGGUCUGCGUGGGGCAGUUUCAUAAAGACAAGCCGGUGACCAGCGCGAAGAAGCCGCUGGAGAACGGCAUCUGGGAGGUUCCUCCUCAAACGCAGAUGCAAGCUAUGUUGGCACCUGGGAUACUGGGUGCUGGGGUGGCUGCCUUGUCGCAGGACGGCGAGCAACGUUCCAUGAUGAUCAGCAGCCCUGUGAUGGGACACCCGUCGCUGCUUCAGCAGAACCAGUUCCCCAUAAACGGGAUAAACAGCGUCGGGCUGAUGCAGUCGCACGUGCAGACGCUCGGACACACCGUGGGCAUGAGUCCCUUGUCCCAGAACAUAGCUAACUCGAGCCUGCCCAAUCUGACCACCGGAGUGACCACUUUGAACCGGUCCAAGGAGCCCUGGAACCAGAACGACCAGAGCAGAAUGGACCAGGUCAGGUUCCCCGGUAGAUCCGGUCAAUUCGGUACAGACAUGUACGGCUCCAACGGCUCGAUCAACUACAGACCCGGGAUCAGACCCAAUAAUCCCUUCAUGAGCAAGGUGCAAGAGCUGGAGGGCCGUCGCAACCCGCAUGCUUUUCAAGCGAACAGCUCACAGUUCGGAUUCGAUAAUGAUAGACAAGCGAGUCGCGCCGCUACGGGCAACUCGAGGUUCUCCAACGAGAGCAAGAGCGGUAGCGGGACCGGGCAUUGCGUGGAGGUUCGCAACAUGCCGCUGAGCGCGACGUACAACGACGUGCGACACGCUUUUCAGGGUAUUUAUAUAAGGAAGGACGGACUGAAGUUAAUCAACGACAAUCACGGGAACCGGGUCGGUAUCGCUUAUGUCAAGUUCAGCAAGGCCGAAGGGAAGGAGCUCGCGCUGAGCACACCGAGAUACGUCCGGGGUUCCGAGGUAGAGGUGCUGCACCUGGACGAGAGUAUCUUCGACAAAGCGGUGGACUCCUACUCGCCCGAGAAAGAGAGAGACCGAAGCGAGGACGGAGUCGAAGAUGUGAGGUCAUCCGCUUGUAUACUGUUAACAGACCUACCGUCCUUCACCAAGGAAAUGGACAUCGCGAAGCUGUUCCACGACUGGAAGAUCAACGACCUGUUCAUCACCAGCAGCAAGGAGUCCGGCAGCGCCCAGUACAUGGCCUACGUGCAGUUCGCUAGAAUAGAGGACGCGAAGGCGUCCGUCAACGCGUCGCUGAAGAUAGGCAACAAACCUGUAACCGCUACAGCGAUCACCGAGGAGAAGUUCGCGCAAGCGAAACGCGACCACGAGCAGGCCAGCAUGAACCAGACCGCCAGCUCGGAUUGCGUGAUCAUGCGAGGUCUUCCGUUCCAGACGAUCGACCGCGACAUCCUGGACUUCUUCUCGGACAUCGGCAUCGUGCCCCACCGGAUACACAUGCUGCUCAACCAGAGCGGUAAACCCGCCGGCGAGUGUUUCUGCGAGUUCGACACCACCGACGAGGCCCUCAGGGCUACCGCGAAGAACGGUCUGCCGUUCGGCAAGAACGUGCCCACCAUAGAACUGGUCCCUCGAGCUAAAAUGCUGGAGACGCUCGGCAUGGUGGACCCACAAGCCAUAGAGACGCAGCAGCAGCACUUCCCACCUCUUCAGGAACAACGACCGCGGUUUUCGGGGCCUAUGAAUCAUCUACAUCGCUUCGGCAAUUCUACAUUUGGACCCAGGUGCCCUCCAGGUCCUAUGGGCAUACCGAGACACCUACUGAGUCGACAUCCGGGCUCCAUGGAUUAUGUGGAGGGCUUCGGGAAACCUGGCUGUGUUCUGUCUCUGGAGAAUGUACCUUUCAAGGCGGACAUCAACGAGAUCAUCGAGUUCUUCGGGGAUUUUGACGUGAAACGGGAGAACGUUAUACGUCGUUACAACGAGAGAGGCAUGCCCACGGGCGAUGCCAGGGUGGCGUUCGCGUCGCCCAGCGAGGCACAGAGGGCCCUCAGAGAACUGAAACACUGUAAAAUGAGGGACAGAACGAUAUACAUGAAGCUUGCGUGAACGGAUUCACCCACUGCCUAGAGUGAACGCCUGCCCGAGGAUCGUCGAGACGUCCUUGGUCUGAACCCAAAUCCACGUUGGUGGAUGCAGACUGAUCGGAGAAGCCGAUUAUGCAUGGGAACAAUCGCAACUGCGUCGAGAUCGAAGAGAAACAGAGGAGCAAGAAAUUUGCAAGAACUUUCGUCCAUGAUGUAUUAUACUUGUUUUAUGAGAUGUUCGAUCUUUAGUUUUCUUUUUGUAUAUAGACUUUUUCGAAUAGAUUGUUCUUGGGUUAACAACGACUUGGCGGUCGUGUUUGUACGUACACCGGCGUGGUAGGCUUCCCUCAAGAUAGCGGAGAACGAAAGUUUCGUUGGUUUCGUAGUACGAAUUUUUCAAAUCUAACAUAUUUUUAGAUUUGAGUAUUUGUAAAUUUAGAAAUUGGAACUUUGUGAAUUUAGGAAACUGAGAGUGCGGAGGAAGCCUACUUUUUCAACGAGUGUACAUUAGCACAAUUUUGAAGAAAUUGCUGAUGAAUUAGUAUAAAUUGUUUGCGCGAUUUUGGUACAAAAUCAGCAAUGGCUUAGAGAGAUUUUUACGAGAGGCAAUAUCAAAAUAACUAAUUUCCUCGUUCUUUUUUAUUACUUUGAUUAAGUACGUAAUCGUAUUUUGACAUUCAGUUUCAUUUUUAUUAUUUUAAUGGAAGGAUCUUGAUCGUCGUUGAGCGUGAACGACACUGUAUUUCCAUAUCCAUUGUCUAGUUCUUAAGGUCUGUAAAUAUACUUGUAAAAGCAUCUUCAAUCGCGUUAAAGCCAACUAGAAUUCACUUUCGUUUUUCACUCGAUUAUAUUUUAAAGAGUACAAUAAAAGACUUGAUCGUUACGAGACGAGCAAUUUUAUCAGCCGAUCGUAAAUCGCGAUGUAACUUUUCUGACAGAUUGUGUAUCGUCGAAAUAAAAUUUGAACCGAAAGAGAAUGUGCGAACGUAUCGAAAAAUUGGAGAAUAUUGAUUCCCUAUUUUAUGUGUACAAACAGUACAGAGAUCAAUUUACGUACGAUCUAAAAUCGCUUUCGAACAAAUAAUUCAUCAAGACUAAGUCGUAUUUUCUACCGACAGUUAUGUAUGUAAAUUACAUAUGUCAUGUUUCAUUCAUUUGUAUAUAAGUUAUAUAUAGAUAUAUAUAGACACAUCAAACAAAUACGAUACAAUCUGCAUAGAUGUACAAUAUUUAUACGGCGAAUUUAGCGAUGAAGUUUAGGUGUACUUAAUUGUUCAUUUCGCCGUAUUCUUUCUGUUCAGUAUAAGCACUUGAAGACUUCAAUAAAUUUAUAUUUACAACGACA